AGCAAAGUAUCGCAGUGAGAAACCCCGUGACCGGCAACGGCCCGAAACCCCCACACAAAUGCAGGUGCUCCUCCUCUCCCCGGCGCCGGCGCCGGCGCGGCCGCCCCUCCCGACGCUGAGGCGGCGGUCGCUGUCGUCUGCCGUCGCUUCGGCGCCUCGCGUCUCCGCAACUCGCCGCGCGGCGGCCUUCGGCCGUACCACAUCCGACGCCGCCGGCCGAAGCUCUUUGCCGCACCUCGCCGCCGCGGCGGCGGGGGCGGCGGCGGCGGCCGCUCCUCCUGACCCCACGCCUCUCUCUGCGGAGGAGGAGGCCGAGCGCGCCAAGCUCGCUCAGGUUAGCAAAAAACUAGAGAAAACAGCACGGUAUUUCAACAGCUUGGGUACCUUGGGAUUUUGGUCUCAGUUGGUGUGUACGACUGUUUCGGCUGGAAUUUUGUCAUUCUCCGCAGUUGCGACAGGGAAUGCAACAGCUCCCUUUACGUUCUGUGCAACUGCAGUUGGUAUUGUUGCGGCUUUUAUCUCAGUAUUCUGGUCAUUUGGUUAUAUCCGCCUUUCUGAACGGCUUAGAAGGACAGCAAAUGAACCUGCUAAGGCUCCUCCUCGCGCUGGUGUGGUUAAGAAUCUGAGAAAUGGUAUUGUGCUUAAUGUUGUUGGAAUGGGUGCUGCAGUUCUUGGUAUGCAGGCAACUGUAGGUGCUUUAGUAGCAAAAGCUCUCACUACCUCCUCAGUUCCCUACUACCAGGGAAUACCCCCUGGCCAAAGUCCUGUUCUUGCUUUAGAUAUUUUUCUCGUUCAGGCUUCAGUCAAUACCAUACUUUCGCAUUUUCUUGGGCUAUCGACCUCACUGGAACUACUGCGGUCUGUAACGUUGCCUCAAGCAGAAGCUGCCCCAGUCCCUAAACCGGCAUAGAGCUAUGUCCUCCACACCUUUGAUCGUCCCAUCCAGUUUUCUGUUGUUUUGGGUUGCAUUACGGUGCAUCUUUUGUGUAUGCAUUAAUGCAUGGAUCUCCUUUUCUUUUGGAUUAUGGUUUUUGCCUUCGCUUUUCAAAGUUGGCAUGCAUGACAAGUUCUGAGCAUGCGAGUGGUGCCUGCCUCAAGCGAGAAUGACCCUUCAUUGCUUUGAGCCCGUCAGUUACAAACCUGGGGAUAGCUCUUCAGUCUUCACUCUUCAGUGAUGUAAAUUACUCUUUGCUUACGCUCAACAUGCAAGUAUAUCACAAAGACACGUGCAAGACAAUGUAAAAAUACGCUCUUCAUUUCUUUUCUAACUAUAAAUGAUCGUUUGUUACA